AUGCAACGCCAUCACAAGCAGCCACCAUAUUGUCCAAGAUGCUCAAAGACCUUUGAAACGGUGGCGAAAUGCGAUACCCAUAUCAUGGAGAAAAAAUGCAAAACUGAGCCCGUCAUAAUUCCAGACGGCAUCAACGAUUACCAGCAAAGGGAAUUGAAAAGCACGCCGAAAAAGAGAGACUACCAUCAAUGGCCCACCAAGCGACGCUGGGAGCACAUAUACAAGCUGGUCUUUCGUGAAACACAAUCCUGUCCUUCAGCAUACUUGGACACUAACGAGAUGACGGUAUUGCAAGCUCGAGACUUCUGGAAGGCCCACGGUGGGAAAUAUAUCACAGAAUAUUUUCAGGCUCAGAGCGGAUUGGAAAUGGAGGGACGCACAUUCCGGGUCUCGGAGCCGACGGCGAUGUUCUUCAGCCGCAACAUGGCCAUCCCUGUGCAGAAUAUGAGCCAUACCAUGUAA